UUCAGCCGACAGCCGCUUCGAUCGCACCGACCAGAGGGGGCUCUGACGGACUUCCUCCCGCUUCGCGUUGGUUUCGAGUUGGCAUAAAAAGGAAACGACGGCUGCGCUCCUCGUCGCUCCCAGCGGACGGAAGAGGACUUUCGGUAAUAAACGGUGCCGGUGCUCGGUCGCGCUGUUUUGGUUCGCGCGCUGGACGCCGCAGGACGAUGAGACUUGAAAGCGUUUUUAAACUGCUCCCGUGCGUUGCGUUUUUACUCCCUCACGUAAUGCACGCUCAAACAGAGCCCCCUCCCGAGUGUGCGCCGGGCGGCCACUCCUUCCUCCAGGACCCCUACCGCAGCACCACCUUCAGCUCCAGCUGGCUGCAGGAGUCGGCCCUGCAGGACUUCAUCUGUGACCACUCCCUCGCUCCGGGCUGGUACCAGUUCCAGAUCUUUGAUAAGCCGGCCAGCAUGCCCACCCAGUGUGUGGAGGUGAACCACUGUGGGACUCAGGCUCCUGUGUGGCUGUCCCUGGGUGAGGGUGACUCGCUGCCGGGGCCCCUGGAGGUGAGGCAGUUGACGGCCUGCGCCGCCUGGCAGCUCUUCCCGGGCAUCAGCAAAGACUGCUGCAUGUUCCGCAUCCCGGUCACCGUCCGCAACUGUGGAGACUUCUAUGUUUACCUGCUGCAGCCUACGCAGGGCUGCAUGGGAUACUGCGCUCAGGAGAUGUCGGACACUUCACCCACAGCGUCGCUGAGCUGCGGCCCCGACAGGGUGAACGUGGACGGAACAUGUCAAACAAAGCAGCCUCCCGCUCCAUCUGCACCAGUGAUUGUCUCGGAGGUGACCGGAACCUCCGUCUACCUGAGGUGCAGCUUUGGGAGCAGCUCCAACAGCUCCCUGGGUUACGUGGUGGCCUGGUCCCGCCUCUCCCUUGAGGGCAGGAAGGAGGAGCUCAAACGGGAGACCACCAUCCAGACCUCCGCCUACAUCGAACUGGACGGCUUCAACCUCCGUCUGGGGGACAAGAUUUACUGCUCCAGCUCCAGCUUCUUCUUGGACUCGCCCACCGUUCAUGGUGCUUCAGUGCAAAGUCAGGAGUUCUUUGCUGGGAUUAUGCUACGACCAGAGCAGAGCAGUGUGUCUGAGGAUGGGAGGCUGUAUGAGCUGGUGGUGGAGAGCACAGUUCCUGUCCCAUGUCUGGAGGAGUCGUCCUCCACAGAGCAGUGCACUCUGUCUCUGCAGCUCAGCACAAGCAGUACAGAUGAGGGUGUGUUGGGUGCAGAUCUGUCUCUGUCCUCCUGUGUGGUGGAUCUGUCCCGGGGCCCGUGUAGGGACGGGGUUUGUAGCCGAGCUGUGAUCCACUUCAGCCCCGUCACCGACUUUGUCAAAGAUGGCAACAGGACAACCCAGAUCUCCGUUAAAUCCAUCGUCACGCAGAAUGUUCUCUGGAACGGGUACUUACCAGAACCAGUUGAGAUAACAGUGAGAGACGUCUCCUCCGCUUACUGCUACUCCUUCACUGAUCCUCACAUCAUCACAUUUGAUGGCAGGCACUAUGACAACUACCAAGUAGGCACCUUUGUCCUCUAUAAGAGCGUCGCGAGGCCGUUCGAGGUCCACGUUCGUCAGUGGGAGUGCGGCAGCGUGGUGCACGCCGCCUCGUGUGCGUGCGGCUUCGUGGCGAGGGACGGCGGCGAUGUCAUCGCUUUCGACAUGUGCAACAGGGAGAUGGGUGAGACCAAACCUCACCUGUCUGUGAGGAACAGAGACCUGAGCAAGAGCGGCAUCCGCAUCACCGAGUCCUACCAGGGACGCAAAGUCACGAUGACCUUCUCUUCUGGAGCGUUCGUUCGCGCCGACGUGUCCGACUGGGGAAUGAGUCUGACGCUGAGAGCUCCCAGUUCAGACCGGGGCCACACUGAGGGCCUCUGCGGGACCUUCGACGGACGGACGGACAACGACUUUCACUCAGCAGGGGGCGCCACACUGGAGCACCUGCAGGCUUUCGUCUCUGAAUGGAGGCUCCCUCCAGGCAGCAGCCUGUUUGACACCGUGCCGUCCCACCUGAGCGCACUGAGCCCCCGCAAGUACUGCAGCUGUCAGGCCGGGCCCCGCCUCACAUCCCCCAGAGCCCGCUCUCAACCAGCCACCUCCUCCGACUCCACCUGCUCCCAUCACGGCAACGUGCACCUCACUAGUGUCAUCCCCACUCUGGACGUCACGGCGGAGUACAUCGGCUCGGUGGAGCUGCUCAAAGACGAAGGAAGCGUCGGACAGCCGCUGCCUCCGGGUCGCUCCAGUCACAACACCCGGGGUCGAGGUGGUGAUGCUCGGCCGCGCAGGGACGGAGCUUCAACCUCGGCUCACAGCCAGCGUCAGACCCACCGUUACGUUUCCAACUCUCCGCACCAAAGCCUCAGCCAGUCUGAUCUGGAGGGCUUCACCUACUUUUUCCCAGAGGACCACGAAGCGGUGGUUCCACCCGACUCUUCCCUCAAGUGGCCCACACCUUCUGGUCUGACCGAGCAGCAGGCCAGGACUCAGUGCCAGCAGGCCGUGGCGGGCUCGAGCAUCGCGUUGGGUUGCAGGCGCCUGUUAGAGGAGUGGAUAAUUAGCCGCGCGACGGCUAUGUGCGUCACCGACCUACAGCUGAAGGACGAGCAGUCGUGGCUGAACGCAACUGCACCGCUGCUGGAAAACGAGUGUGAGAGGAGGAUAACGGAGGAGAGGAGCAGAGAAAAGGAGUACCAGGAUGUUCUGGCUGUCCUCAAGUGUCCCAAUCUGUGCAACGGGAACGGCCAGUGCUCAGAGUGGGGCUGCGUCUGCUUCCCAGGAUUUGGGUCGUAUGACUGCAGUGUGCUUUCUGACCAGAUCCCAGAGAUCACCGAGCUGGAGAAGGAGGGUCUGUGUGAUGUGCGACAGGGAGACUGCACCACCGUCCAGGUCCACGGUCAAGGCUUCAAGGACUCCUACGAGCUCAAGUGUGAGUUUGUAAAAGAAAAGUUCGAGGAUGGGGACUGGGUUCUGGACGAGUCCCAGUUCGUCCUGGCCGUCUUUCUGGAUGUGACGUCUCUGGAGUGCCAGCUCCCCCUGGAGGACAGCCGGGCUCCUGCAGGCCUGGACCAGGAGACAGAGACAAACCGACCACUGGCUCGCUGGCAGAUCAAAGUUUCCAACGACGGCUACAGCUUCAGUAACGCCAAAGUACUGACUAUGUACGACGGAGCCUGCCAGAUCUGCAGCGUCAACACCGACGUCCUCUGCACCCUGAGGGAGAAGACCUGCAGCAUUGAGAGCCUGUGUUACAGUGAGGGGGAGUCCAAUCCCAGCAGCCCUUGCCUCACAUGUCGCCCAGACUCGUCCAAACACACGUGGUCCCUAGCGGAGAAGAACGAGCCUCCGGAGCUCCAGUCGUUGCCGUUUGGUCUCCGGUCCUUCCAGGGAGAGAGUUUCAUCUACCAGCUGCGAGCCCGGGACCCCGAGGGCUCGGCGGUGCUCUUCACCCUGGCAUCGGGUCCCGAGGGCGCAUCUCUGUCUCCGGCCGGCCUGCUGAUGUGGAAGGCCUCAGCUGAAACUACAGACACGCACACUUUCCAGUUUACUGUGACGGACGACUGUAACGCUGAAACCAGAGCCUCCGUACAGGUGUCUGUGCGCUCCUGUGGAUGUCUGAACGGCGCCUCCUGUGUGACCAACGUCGACCUCCCCCCCGGCAGCGGAGAGUACCUGUGUGUGUGUCUCGAUGGAUUUAGAGGUGGAAGGUGCGAGGUGGACGUUGAUGACUGUAAGCCUAACCCCUGCAGGCUGGGCCGCUGCACUGACGGACCCAACUCCUUCUCUUGUAUCUGCCCGCCUGGAAUGACAGGCCGUACAUGUCGAGAAGACAAAGACGAGUGCGUCUCUCAGCCUUGUUUCCCCGGAGCUGGCUGUAACAACACAUUCGGCUCCUUCGUCUGUGGAGUCUGCCCACAAGGAUACAGAGGUGACGGGAAGAUCUGCACACUCAAAGCGAUGACCACACCAGCUCGAGUGCCGCAGGGUUCCUCGAGGCCCAAACCCUCGGGCUCGUCGGCGUGCUCCAGGCGGCCGUGUCACCCGGGAGUCCAUUGUUUCGAGAGCACCCACGUCUCAGCGGGCUUCGUCUGCGGACACUGUCCUACGGGUCUUCAUGGAAACGGACGCACGUGCACGACGACAGGUCAGGGGACAGUCUCCAGCGGAGCAGAUGCUCAUAUUUACAUCACCAAAUCAAAUUCCAGCAAAGAAAUGACUCCCACCUCCUCUUCAUCACCUCCCAGACGACCCCCUGACAGGAGGACGAGACCAGAGGCCACCAUCCCCAGUAUCAGGAGAGUUUCGUCCACAGACAUCCCAGCUGAGGCGGAGCUGCACCCCGACCUCACCACCGGGGUCAAACGGGGUCACCAUGUGACCUGCGCCGACUCACCCUGCUUCCCCGGUGUUCCCUGUGAGCCCACCAUCACCGGGUCCUUCAGGUGUGGACGCUGCCCGUACGGCUACACCGGAGACGGAGUCACGUGUAAAGCUGUGUGCAGGUACCAGUGUGGGAGGAACAUGGAGUGCACUCUGCCCAACACCUGCACCUGCAAGGAAGGCUACACCGGCUACAGCUGUCAUAUCGCCGUGUGUCGACCCGACUGCAGGAACCAGGGGAAGUGUGUGAAACCUGAUGUGUGCGAAUGCUCCGCGGGCUACAGCGGGCCCACCUGUGAGGAAGCGAGCUGCGAGCCGCCCUGUCAACACGGAGGCACCUGUCUGGCCAGAAACCUGUGCACCUGCCCCUACGGCUACGUGGGACCCAGAUGUGAAAUCAUGGUGUGUAACAGGCACUGUGAAAACGGAGGCGAAUGCGUUUCUCCUGAUGUCUGCAAAUGCAAACCCGGCUGGUACGGACCAACAUGUAACUCAGCUCUCUGUAACCCCGUCUGUCUGAAUGGAGGAACGUGCACGAAGCCCAACAUCUGUGCCUGUCCCAGCGGCUUCUACGGCUCUCAGUGUCAAAUCGCUGUAUGCAGCCCUCCUUGUAAGAACGGAGGUCAGUGCAUGAGGAACAAUGUGUGCUCCUGCCCUGAAGGCUACACAGGAAAACGGUGUCAAAAGAGUGUGUGUGAGCCGAUGUGCAUGAACAGAGGCAAGUGUGUGGGACCCAACAUAUGCUCCUGUGCGUCAGGAUGGAGAGGGAAGAGGUGCAACAUACCCGUUUGUCUGCAAAAGUGUAAAAAUGGCGGCGAGUGUUUGGGACCAAACACCUGUCACUGUCCCUCCGGCUGGGAGGGUCUCCAGUGUCAAACACCGGUCUGUAAACAGCGGUGCCUGAACGGAGGGAGGUGUGUCCUUCCUGACUACUGCCACUGUCGGAGAGGCUACAAUGGCCUCACCUGCGCAAUUAAGGCGUCGCAAGCAUGAUGGGGAAGAAAUGAGAAAUGGGUUGAAAGAAGCUGCAAAAUGUACGAAGCAAGAAGAGAGCAUCAUGAGUUGUGUGUGUGUGUGUGUGUGUGUGUGUUGAUGGAUAUGUGUCUCUGUGCACAUUUGAAGGCUAACAGGGGGACGUGAUGUAUUGCACUUGUCUGUUCGUCCCCGUAUAUCACUACCUCAAGGCUCACAGUAACACACAUCUGGUAAAUGCAUCAGCAGAGACUUUCUACAGAUGUGUGAGUGUUACUGCACAGCAUUAUGUAAAAUAAGUAAAAUGACAAAUCAAUCUGUUUCAGUGACGAUUUAUUCAUGAGCAGCAGGUUAUUUAUUACCAGCAAGCUUUUAGUUUUUACACAAUUAAGCCAAAUUAUAAUCUUUUUACCAAAUCGAUGCGCACUGUUUGUUGUUCAUUUAUGAGAGAAAUAAUGCAAGGAUGCUAUAUUAGUUAUGCCUAAUCUAGAUGGUACACAUCAGUAACUUGUUUGAAUAGAUUAAAUACAUUGCCAUAUGUCUUUCUGUUUUUCUUUCAUUAAUAUAUUUUUUGAUUGGGUAAAGUAAUGACCACCUGUUUGAGUUUUAUACAGGGUUUUGUUUUAUAUAUAAAAAUAUCUGACAACACCAAAUUGCACUGUGGUACAAGUUACAGUUGACAGAAUAAAGAAAAUGUACUAUUUCUAUGCUUUUGCUUUGGUUAAAUAAGCUUUGUUAAGCUUAUUAAUGCAAUUCACUCUUUUAUUCAUUUAAUGACACAAAUGACAGUACAGUACAUGUUUACACAGUCGAAUGAGAACAUUACACAGGUUCAAGGUUUCUUAAAAACAAAAAAAUCCAUAAAAAAAUGUAAAAACUACAAAUGUUUCAGCUUUAAAAAAUAGAAGAAAGAAAUGUCCUCAUCAGCAUGAAGUCACUUAUUGGGCCUCGUUGACCUGUGACCCCAGCAGGCUCACACUAGUGGGACUUCUUCCUCUCCUCGCAGCGAGGGCCAGAGAAAGGGGGGCGACAGCGGCAUUUGUCUGGAGAAAUACACUUCCCUCCAUUCAGGCAGGACUGAGCGCACACAGCUAUAGACGAUAUAAAAACAGACCAACAAAAUGAAAACGACGUUAAUCAAUUGUUAAACCUGAGAAACAAGUAAACGUCACUGAAGAGCUUGUGAAUCCGAACACCAUAAAUCCAGAAACGGAAGUGAAAAGUGCUUCCACAUCUGUCACAUCUGGAAAAACACUGAGCUGAGAGCUUUCCCUUAGCAGACACAUACAUCCGAUACAUAUCAUUCUCAGCUGCUUGGCAGACGGAUAUCUGCAACGUUUGUCUUCUCGGUAAGAUGUAGACGGUUUACAGGGAACCCGGGAAAAGCACAACCAAAAGCGAACAGGACAAAACAUUAGACAAGCAGCAGAGAAAUGCAAAAGGAAUCGUGCUUGUAAAGUGCACUGAUGCAUAUGGAAGUGCUUGAUCUUCGGGACCAGUUUAAAACUCACCGGUGUGGCAGGCGCCACCCAGCCAUCCC